CUAAUCUACUACAAACAUUUCGUCGUGCUUUUAGCUCGCCGCACUCAAUACUCAAUUCUAAUGCAAAAUUACAAAAAUUUAUUAAUUUUUGGGUAUUGUUAAGCGUUUCUGGAAUUAAUUGCGUGUUUAAAUUCAAAACGUUCUUAAGGCUGAAUUGCAAAGUAAAGCUGAUUGCUUAUGGCUGAUUCCGAGAGUGAAAAUGAGGAACAUGGCAGUUUGGUCGUGGUUGUGAUUGAUCUGAAUCCUUCUCCCCAAAUGAUAAAAGAUGGAGAGUGCAUUAUGCCUCAUUGCUUAGAUGCUGUCAUUAGUUUUUGUAGCUCUCAUAUUAUGUUGAAUCCAUUAAAUAAGCUGGCUAUUAUCGGUUGUCAUACUAGAAAAAGUGCCUAUUUAUAUCCAUUACCUUCUUCCGAAUUGGAAGGCUUGAAGCCUACUGAUGGCCAGUAUGAACUCUUUGCUGACAUUAAAAAUGCAGUAAUAGCAAGUGUAAAGAAGCUCAUACUCCAAGUUAUAGAAAAUGAAAUAUAUGUGGAAUCUCUAAUAGCUGGUGCAAUGACGAUGGCCUUAUGUUAUAUCCAUCGUUCAAGAAAACUGGAGAUUACAGAAAAAAAGAUUCCAGCCAGGAUUUUAGUAGUGACUGCAUCAGGAGAUAGCGCUUCUCAGUAUAUGAACUUUAUGAAUGUAUUUUUUGCUGCUCAAAAAGAAGGUAUAUUAAUUGAUGCUUGUGCUAUUGAAAAAGACUCAGGCUUGCUGCAACAGGGGUGUGAUAUUACUGGAGGAAUGUAUUUGAAAAUUCAAAAUACAGCUGCUCUUUUACAAUAUUUGUUGUGGAUAUUUUUGCCAUCUUUAGAAACCAGGAAAAAAAUGAUACUGCCAUCCAGGGUGCAUGUUGAUUAUCGAGCUGCCUGUUUUUGUCAUAGAAAUUUAACUGAAAUUGGAUACGUUUGUUCAGUAUGUUUAUCCAUUUUCUGCACUUUCAGCCCCAUUUGUUCAACUUGUCAGACUGCUUUCAAAUUAGGCGCUUUACCUACUAUUGGAAAAAAGAAGAGAAGACAAAUUCCUUUACGGCAUUGACUGUAAAAAUUCUUAUCUUAUCAUUGUAUUUUUCCAUUAUUUAAAAAAAAAAAAAAUUGCUUCAAAUUUGUAUUUAUUUUUCCUGUUUUACACACAGGGUGGCCACUCAGUCUGGAAACCGAGAAUUCUCAGGGAAUUUCACGUCGAUUCUGGAAAAUAAUUUUGUCGCGCGUCGUCGCUCUUUUCUUCCCGUUCCGUUAUGUUUAGUUUUUCGGAGCGAAACGCAUCUGCUUCAUCGCGAUCAAGCAUCACUUGAUUAUCCUCCAAUGAAUGCUUCGUGUCCCCGCGAAAAACCGUUUUUUUCCCCUCCCAAUUUUGAAAAUUUCCGACCAUGUUCC